AUGUAAGAUUCUAAUGUGUAGAUUUUGUGAAAAUAAACGAAUAAAUCAGGGAUAUAUUGUUCUUGUUUCGGAUUCUCAAUUGCACUGUUUGCUGGACACUUUUUUACCGUUACGGUACAGUUAACACAAACUUCCGUCGAAAAUAUCAUUCGGGAGUUGGCCAGCUUCUCCCAUACUGGUUCCCAAUUGUAUGCAGCAUUCUAUGGGGAUUCAUUUGCUUUUACUGUUAUGGAGAAACUUCGGAGAGAAGAUCAUUUUUUAGGGCUAAUCUACUUGAAAACUAUCGUAUUGAUAUCGACGAUUAUGCAUAUAUGAGUGCAAAUUUUUGGCCUUUAGAUAAAUUUGGAAAUACAGCUCCUGAUGUAAAAUCAUUCACAGGGGUCGUCGUGAUACUGAUCAUUGUGGGAUCUUCAUUUUGUAGCGUGCUCUUUUUUGGUAUAAAAUGCUAUAGGUGUAUAUCUAAAAAAUUGAAGAGCACUGGUAUUAUAUCUGAAACUUCGAGAGCCCUUCAGAACCAGUUACUCCAGGCACUUGUCGUUCAAACGGCCAUACCAUUACUUCUCAUGUAUGUACCCGCCGGAGUAUUUUUCACAGCUCCAAUGCUGAAUAUCGAAUUGAAUUUGAAACAUCCUAUAAUUGGGCAUGCUGUUGCUUUGUAUCCGGUUUUGGAUCCGCUUCCAACUAUUAUUAUUAUCAAAUCUUAUCGACAGGGAUGCAUCGAGACUGUUAAGAAAAUUAUUUGUUGUGGACAGAACAUGCCUAUUGUAAGAUGGAUUAACCGACAGGAGAAUAACGUUAAUCCUAUAAGUUACACGAUGAGCAACUGA